AUGAGCUUUCCAAUAGCAGCAGCAGCAAGAAGAGUAGGGAGGAGAACGGCAUUGUUGUACUUGUGUCCAUCUAGAAUUGGCGGCGGAAACCCUCCUAGUAUCAGUCCAUCAACAAAAUUGCAUUCAACUCUGCUCCCCAGGAUUGAAGGCAUCCGGCAAGACCGUCCUGAUUGUCCCAGGCGUUUCCUCAGUGGCAGUUCUACUGAUCGUUCGGACACUGGCGAGAAGGAAUUAUCAGAAACGACAGAUAUUACUCCAGCAACUACUGAAUGGAUACCUCCUUCACGGCCCUUGGUGGGAGACAAAGGGUAUUCUCACCUUUAUCAAAAAGACGAGGAAGAAGAAGAAACAGAAGAAGAGGAGUUGGCCAGGCUGGAACGGGAAUUAAAAGCUCUAGAAGAGGGCGAUCUAGUGGAUAUGGAUCAAGAGAUUGACGACAAUAACGAAGAAGACAACAUUAUGAUUUCUACAGAAGAAGCCAUUGCGACCCCACAACGCACCAACGUUGACUGGCUCCAGACGCGGCGACAGCGACUUGGCGACGAACCACCAGGGCAGUUUUUGACUCCCUCGUAUACGCCUCCUGGACAAGACUUGCCAGUCCUCCAUCAUACCCUCUUGACAGCUGACGAAAUCAUGACUUAUCUCUCAUCUCUGGGAGGGAUAAAACCCAAUUUGGUUGCUGAUAAGGCCCGGAAUGAACAGGGAGAUACCCGUCUCGGAGGAUCCUUUCGAGGUAUCAUUUUUGCAUCCGGCAAUUCACCCUCGCAUGUACGCAUGAUGUCCAAUUCGCUGGUGGAACAAUUGAAGCGACGCAAAUUGCAAGAAGUGGGUGUGAUGGGAGCAAGACAUGGCGCCGAAGGUAGCGAUGAUCCAGACGAAACAUGGUUCUGUAUCGAUUGUCACAAUUACAUUGUCAAUAUUCAGGAUCACGAAACGCGGCGCAUUUUAGAUUUGGAAGGAUGGUGGUCCACGGGCAACCCGUUGGCAGGAUACAAUCUCGACAAUGGACUCGAUAAUGAAGACGCUGUCGAUGAAUUCGUGGCCCAGAAUCCCGUGCCACCAGAGUAUGGGAGGUCGACCACGAUGGAUUGGAAUGAAAGUAUCAAUCAACUGGAGCAGAGACGAUGGACGGCUCCCCACAAGAGGGAUCGACGAAGGAUAAGGAGCAGUCAAAGAGGCGGCAAAAAGAAGAACAAGAACAGGACUAGAUAUAGGUAUUGA